CUCUUUCUGUCUUCACGCCUCUCUCUCUCACACACACACAUACAGCAGCAGUCACCGUUGAAGACCCACCGAAAAAAAAUGAGCUACAAGUUUCAUCAGUUUCAGGUGGUGGGAAGGGCUUUGCCAACGGAAUCCGAUGAACAUCCCAAAAUUUACAGGAUGAAGCUCUGGGCUACUAAUGAAGUCCGUGCCAAGAGCAAGUUCUGGUACUUUUUGAGGAAGUUGAAGAAGGUCAAGAAGAGUAAUGGUCAAAUGCUUGCCAUCAAUGAGAUCUUUGAGAAAAAUCCGACUACCAUCAAGAAUUACGGUAUCUGGUUGAGGUAUCAGUCUAGGACUGGUUACCACAACAUGUACAAAGAAUACCGUGACACUACUCUCAACGGUUCAAUUGAACAAAUGUACACAGAGAUGGCUUCCCGUCACAGGGUUCGUCAUCACUGUAUUCAGGUGAUCAAGACUGCUACGAUCCCUGCUAAGCUUUGCAAGAGGGAGUCUACCAAGCAAUUCCACAACUCAAAGAUCAAAUUUCCGUUGGUCUUCAAGAAGGUUAGGCCCCCAACCAGAAAGCUCAAGACAACGUACAAGGCUUCAAGGCCUAACUUGUUUGUUUAAGCUGCUGUUUGGAUGCUUGUUGCAGUCUCAAAAGUUCCAGUUACUGGAAAUUUUGGAAUUUGUGUUGAAACUUGCUUGUUAUUUCUUAAUCUUGGAUAUUUUGCUGGUUUUAGAGAUCUUGGAUAUUUGAGAUUUGAUGUUGGAUUUGUGGUUAGGUUAUGCUAUUAUUGAUGAGUUAUGAUAGUUA